AUGGCGCGUUCACUGGCUUCUCGCAUGGCAUUCGCCACGGCUGACUUCACUGUGCGUGAGCACCAGCACUGGCAGAAAACAGCCCGGACUUACGAGAAAACAUGGGGUUUUUUGACGCGGCAAUGUGACCGUGCCCUUCUGAAUGCUGUGCAGUGUCAACAAGGUUGCAGCUUAGUGGACGUUGCCGCAGGGCCCUGUUAUGUGGCAGAGGCUGCAGCCAAGGCUGGUGCUGUUGUAACUGCCCUGGACUUCUCCAAAAACAUGCUGGACCUUGCUCAAGCACGAGUCUCUGCCGAGAUGGCAUCGCACACGGUGCGGUUCAUCGAAGCCGACGCAGCGAGGAUGCCCUUGGAGGCCAUGUCGGUUGACGUGGUCGUUUGCAGCUUUGGUGUUCCCCACUUUGCAGAGCCAGAGGCAUUUUUCGCGGAAGCAUUCCGAGUCCUGCGCCCUGGUGGGUGCUUGGGCUUCACUGUCUGGGGCUACUCCUUUCUGACAGAGGUGCUUCAGUUGAUUCACGAUGCCGUUUGGGCGCAUGGCAACCCGCAUGUGUCUUUGCCUCCCGCCCCCCCUUUCUUCCGCUUUUCGCAAGCCAGAACCACCAAGGACACACUCAAGCGCUUUGGGUUUAGCAACGUCCAGUGCCAAAGAGUCCCUGUUUGUUGGGAGGUGCAUGAUGCACGCGAGACCUUUCAGACUUUCCGGGGCUGGCAUGGUCAAACCGGUGCCUUGCUUGCGGGGCAGAACACCGAGCAGCUGGCUGCCAUUGAGGCUGCCAUUGCGGUUUCAACAGAAGCCAAGCGAAGUCGACCCAGUGCUCCAUGCCAGCUGCAGUUCGACAGUGUUCUGACAACAGAACGUGUGCAACUGCACCUCGCCUACCUGGGCUUGGAGCUAGGCACCAGAGGCAGCGAGGAGGAUCAGCCGAAAGAGCUGCUGGAGAGGCUCAUCCUCGCCAACUGCGCGGAUCUGUGGCAAACGAAGGGCCUGCCGUUGAAGAGGCUGCCGACCAUCCAGAGCGCAGCUGAGUUGGCGAAAGAGUUCACUCGCCUGCAAGCUGCGGACGACCGCACCCUCGCAGACGAGUACAAGCGUCUUGAGAUUCCCACGCAGGUGGAGGCCCCGACGAAGCGCCGCGAACUGCUGCAGCGCCUGCAGCGCGUGGCGGCGUGGCGGGUUUUGCCUGUUCACGAGCUGCGCAAAGACUGCCAGGAGCUGCGGGUGUCCACCAGUUCUGAGGAGCGUGAGGAGCUUUUCCAGCGGCUGAUCUCCUCAGCCUGGGGACCGCAGAUGCCGCCACCACCACCUCCGAAGAAG